AUGUCUGCCCGCCUCCUCCACCCAGAUGAGUACGAGCUUGGCACUCGAUCAUCCAUCGACUCUCAGGGAACCUUUAAUCUCGACGAAGCCGAUUUCGAGUCGCAAACACCUCCGCGGGCUAGGCGCCUAACUCGCAGAGCGCCUUUCCUAUCACGGCUAUUUUCAUCAUCUUACUCCGGGUACCAACGCCUAAAACCCUCCCGACCUCUCUUCUCGGCGUCGGCCCGCCCUGGUUGUUAUCGGCGUCUCCUAUUCCGCCGCUCCUGCUUCUACCUCCAUUUCGUUGGAGGUAUCAUACUCGCCCUCGUGGUGCUGACCUCUAUAUUCCGGCCGUCCUAUACGCGACCACCGUCACAUUAUUCGUCACUGCGAAAUUCCGUGUUACAAUCGGCAUCUCCCGGUAGAGGCAAUCCUCGGAACGAAAAGGUCUUUAUCGCUGCAAGCUUGUAUGACCGUGAUGGGGAACUCGCACGAGGGGAAUGGGGCGCUAGAGUGUCUCAAUUGAUUGAGAUGCUUGGAGGAGAUAAUGUGUUUCUGAGUAUAUAUGAGAAUGAUAGCGGACCGGAAGGGGAGAGUGCGCUUCAAGAUCUGGAGAAACAGAUUUCGUGCAAAAAGUCUAUCGUAUUCGAAAGGCAUUUAGACCCAGGACAUCUGCCAACAGUCACUAUACCGGGUGGAUCGAACCGUAUCAAGCGCAUUGAAUACCUGGCUGAGGUCCGGAAUCGAGCCUUGCGACCCCUGGACGAACAUCCCGAGACGCGUUACGACAAGCUUCUUUAUUUGAAUGAUAUUAUAUUCGAUCCUAUUGAUGCCAUCCAGCUUUUAUUCUCCACGAAUGCCGAUGAUAAGGGGGUUGCCCAAUACCGGGCUGCCUGCGCCGUUGAUUUUAUUAAUCCGUUCAAAUUCUACGACACAUAUGCAACACGAGACCUCCAAGGCUACAGCAUGGGACUCCCUUUCUUCCCUUGGUUUUCCACGGCCGGAAAGGGAGAAAGCCGUAAAGACGUUCUAUCCGGAAAGGACGCUGUGCGUGUCCGUAGCUGCUGGGGUGGAAUGGUGGCUUUUGAUGCGAAUUUCUUUCAGCGUGCCGUGAAGAAGAGAGCCUCACAGCGAGAUACCAACCCCAGAGUUCUGGACAUUGGGCAAUCUCCGGUCCGUUUCCGUGCUUCCCAUGACCUGUUCUGGGAAGCUUCAGAGUGCUGCCUCAUUCACGCCGACAUUCAAGAGCCUCAGUCGAUUGUAGACGAGAUCACAGAUACCGGAAUAUAUCUAAACCCGUACGUUCGGGUUGCGUAUGACCGCUCUACCCUGUCCUGGCUUUGGACCACUCGUCGAUUCGAGAAACUAUACUCUGUCAUUCAUAAUAUAGGAAACCAUCUCGUUGGCUUGCCUUGGUUCAAUCCUCGCCGAACAGAGAUCCCUGGCGAGAACGUACAGGAAACGGUCUGGGUUGCCAUUGACAGACAAGAUGGUGGCGGAUCGUUCCAGAAGGUUGAUCGCAUUGCUAGCAACGAUGGAUAUUGCGGACGUCGUGGUCUUCAAGUUAUCGUCGAGCAUCGAAAGGAGGGCCAAAAGGGGUGGGAAAACAUCCCCAAAUAUUCCUACUUUGAUAUAACUUCACAAUUAAGACUUCCAUUAUUUGAUAUCUCUCAGGGUUGUUUGUUGUCCGUUUUCAAAGGGAUUUUAUAUCAACAUCGAUAUCGAUCAAAGAACUGGAUUGCCCUUUCUGCCACUGUUUCCAGCACAACAGUUGACCAUGGCUCUAUCAGAUUCUUCCUGUCCUUCUUUUUCCUCCCCUCCCCCCAACCUCUCCAAAAACACUUCCUCAUCGACUUCCCCAUCUUCCCACUCAACCACUAUCGCUUAAAGAUGUCUGAAAGGCGAACCCCCUCUGGGGAAAUGGACUUUGGUAGAAGGAUUCAAGGCAUCAUCCAAGGUGUCAUCACCACUUUUAUGGACAAAGCGUCCUAUGGACUGGAAGAGAGUAGACAUGCCCCCAAAGAGAGCUGUCAACCAGGCACAGAAAGGAACUCCUCAGAGUGUGGCCACGGCGACAGAGAAAAUUCUGCUGGAUCUUCUUCUCACAAACCCUCCCCCUCAAAAUCUCGCCCAUCCCACUCUGAGCAGAGUUCUUCUGAUACUUCUCACACCGAAAAUAAAUUAGAGACAUCGAGAAAAAUGGCUCCUGUCGCUGACAUUGACGAUACCGUUGGUUUUAUGGCGGCUGCCCGCGCUCUUAGGGCUAGCCAGGCCUCAAACGCGUCUGAAGCGGCCGUCAAGGAUUCUUCCAGUGCGCAGAACGAUUUCUCUCAGCCCAUCGGCGACUUUGCUGGUAGCUCUGCUCUUGAUGACUUGGUUACGUCGGCUCCUGAGCACGCUGAUUUCUCUGCGGAGGCCAACUCUCAGAAGGACAAUGCCUUUGAAGAUUUCGAUGAGAAACCCAUGAUUUCCGACUUUAAUGUCGAGACCAAGGCUUCUCAGGCUGCUGUUGUCGAGGAUCUGAUGAUCGACCCUGAUACUGAGCCCAAGGACGACGUACCUGCUUCUGGUGGCGCCCCUUCUCUCGUGUCUAACACCGUGAAUGAUAGCCCAGCUGCUAUCGAAGAGGAAGACCGCGAGAAUCUUACGACUUUCAAAUCUUGGGGUACUCCAGCUGCGCGUGGCAAACCAGCUUCCCAAGUCAGGCGUAUCAUGAUCAAAGGGCUCCCAUCUACCUGGGUUGCUCCGGCCAAAGUUCUUUCUCUAGUCCAUGGUGGUAUCAUCGAGAGCAUCAACGUUUCUUCCUCAGGAACCGCCCAUAUUCUCUUCUGCGAACACGAUGCCUGCAAGGCGUUCUAUGACAAGUACCCCAACGGCAUCGACCUUGACAGGGAGAAGAGACACACCGUGUUCGUGGAGAUGGGCACUGAGGUGGAUGUGAUCAGCUCCCAGCUGUCUUUCAACCUUUCUGUCGGUGCUACUCGCGUCGUUCGUGCCGUGGGAGUGGACAUGAACAUCACCAUGGGACAGCUUCUGAAGAUGUCGGCCGGCAGCAACCGUAAGGUCGAAAAGAUCAUGGACCACUACACUCCUGGUGACGCUCGCAACGUUCUCUUUCGCUUCUGUAACAUUGAAGACGCUGUUCGUUUCCGUAGCAUGAUCGUCCGUGAUGCUGAUUGGGAGCAUUGCAACAUUCAAUACGCGACUGACCCUUGCGAGUUCGCUACCGGUCUGCACGUGGACUAA